AGCACAGUGGGACGAGGGUCAGUGCCGUCGAGGUGCCUCACGCAUGGAGGAAGCACCGACCUCUCCACCAAGGCUCAGAGCUCAAACAGAAGGAGCGACGCUCCGAGGUCGUCCUCGACUUAGACUGGAAGAAAUUGCCGAGCAUCGCGUCGUCAAGAGCGGUGUGCGGGUCCUGCGUCGGCGCUGGGCCGCGGAGGUGUGUGAGCUACCGCCCUUGCCGAAGCGGCCCAAUGGAUCUCCGAUGCUACUCGGUAGCGCUCAGUCCUUUUUCAAGCGUCUGCUCUCCCAGCAGCUCGAGCUUCAAACUUCUUUGCCCUCGGACGUGUCCGCAGCGCAGCGGGACAUUAGGCAUUUGUGCCUGGAGCAUUUGCUCACCAUCCGCGAUGAUGCGGCAGACUUCAAGACACACUCGCAGAGCCACGAGGCACACAACAGCUUCUUGAACAUGAUCGACCAGCGCUUGAGGGAGCUCUGUUGCUCGAAGUUCAUGGAUCCCAAGCAGCUUGACGAGGUGCCUGCCGAGGACAAGCAACGCUUGGGCCAUAUAGUACUGCUAGUUCAGGGUGCUGCAGCAGUCCUGGCUGGUCAGGAGCCUGAGGCAGCCAGCUUCGCCGUCUCCAGCGGCAGAGUACCACGACAGUGGCUACUGCGAUCACCGAUUGCGCCUUGGCGGGCCUGUUGGCUGCGCUUGCCCUCCGAGGAGGAGACUGAUACUCUGGAGUCUGCGAGCACCACUCCGUCGAGCAGCUCUUCGCUUCAUAGGCCUCUGGCCGGAGGUCUUGAGCUUCGUCUCCUGGGCGACGAAGACUUGGAGCAUCUCCAUAGCCACGAGGAGGUGGCAGUGGUCUGGGAUCGCCCAACCAGCAGCCAUCUCGUCAGCAUCGUGAGCGGGACGAGCGGCGGGCGUGGCUUGGGUUGGGAGAUCGCAGUGGCAGCACCUGAGUCAUCAUUGAUGGAAGAGCUGCAAGCCAUGGAGAAAGGCUCCAGUGCCAACCUUGUGGGUGUUGGUGGUUCUGCCGGGAUCAACAGCCCUUUGGGGCAAGAGCUGGUAGAAGUCCUCGAACGCCGCAAGACCGCGCCGGCGCUGCGGCCGAGCCUCGUGCCGCCGCUGCCGGCAGCGCCCCGCGGGUGACGUAUGUGACAUGUACCCGGUGGUGUCGCGCCCGCCCUUCGAGCGAUGCUCAAAGUGAGAGAACCCAGGAGAGCAUGACUGAGGAGC